CUUCGAUCCACCAUGGGCAAAAUAAUCUUUUGAACCAUGUAACGAUAAUACAGUACUCUACGUCUUAACCUUUCUUUCAAAAACCCUAGCUCUGCUUCUCGAUCGCCCGUCCUCAGAUUUUCGCAUCGCAGACCCAAAGACUCACAUUUUACAUCGGGCUAUAAUUACAGCCGGUGAUGGCCUUCAAACAGCCAAAUACUGGCCUUUUUGUAGGACUGAACAAAGGACAUGUCGUGACCAAGAAGGAAUUGGCUCCUCGUCCCUCGAAUAGGAAAGGCAAAACUAGCAAAAGAAUCCACUUGGUGAGGAACCUGAUCAGGGAGGUUGCUGGGUUUGCGCCAUAUGAGAAGAGGAUUACCGAGCUUCUUAAAGUUGGGAAGGACAAGCGUGCUUUGAAAGUAGCAAAGAGAAAAUUGGGCACUCACAAGAGAGCAAAGAAGAAGAGAGAAGAGAUGUCUAAUGUUCUUCGCAAGAUGAGAUCCGGUGGAGGUGGUGAGAAGAAGAAGUGAAGAAUGGUUUUCCUUGCUGCUGCUAUUCUUUUUAUUGGAAACUUUAGUAGUUAAAAAUGUUUGUUUAGCUUUACCAUGUUUUUUUUGGAGACUAAGUUUAUGAUCAGACUCGUUUUGUUUCAGUAAAGAAAAACUUCGGCAAAUUAUGUCUCGUUGUUUCCUAUAUUGAUUUUGUGAGAUCAGAUUAUCUGUUAUGUAACUUACCUAUCAUAGUGCAGCAAAAUGGUCUUUUAAAACCCUUUUUGCCACUGAAAAUUGAUCGUAU